AGCCGUACCGGCACUGGGCGACUCUGUGCCUCACGGAGGAAAGAUAACUAAACAUGGGCAAAGGAGACCCUAAGAAGCCGAGAGGCAAAAUGUCAUCAUAUGCAUUCUUUGUGCAAACUUGCCGGGAGGAGCACAAGAAGAAGCACCCAGAUGCUUCAGUCAACUUCUCAGAGUUUUCUAAGAAGUGCUCAGAGAGGUGGAAGACCAUGUCUGCCAAAGAGAAAGGAAACUUUGAAGAUAUGGCAAAGGCGGACAAGGCCCGUUAUGAAAGAGAAAUGAAAACCUAUAUCCCUCCUAAAGGGGAAACAAAAAAGAAGUUCAAGGAUCCCAAUGCACCCAAGAUACCUCCUUCAGCCUUUUUCUUGUUCUGUUCUGAAUAUCACCCAAAACUCAAAGGAAAACAUCUUGGCCUACCCAUUGGUGAUGUUGCAAAGAAAUUGGGAGAGAUAUGGAAUAACACUUCUGCAGAUGAUAAACGGCCUUAUGAAAAGAAGGCUCCUAAGCUGAAGGAAAAAUACAAACAGGAUAUUGCUACAUACCAAGCUAAAGGAAAGCCUGAUGCAGCAAAAAAGGGAGUUGUCAAGGCUGAAAAGAGCAAGAAAAAGGAGGAGGAGGAGAAAGACGAGGAAGAUGAAGAAGAUGAGGAUGAUGAUGAAUAA